AAUAGUAUAGAUAUAAUGCUAUUCUUAGAAGUAUAAUUUUAAUUAUAUAAAAUUUUAAUUAAAAUAAUUAAACCAGAUCAAAAGAAACAAGAUUACAUAUAGUUACAUUUAUGAUUUUUUUUCAAAUCGAUAAAAUUAAAUAUAAAAUAAUAAUGUUAAAUUUAAAUAAAAUAUUCCUUUUAGAUUAUUAAAGUUAUAUUUAAAAUUAUUCUUUUAGUGCAUGGUGCAUGAAAAGUCCUAAUUUUACAAUACAUACAUUUAUAGCUUGAAAGAUUCAUAAAAAACAUAUUUUCUAUCUCACUGUUUCAUAAAAUUACUGACUUCCAAACCACACUUGCAUUAUACUGUCGUGUCGAUCAUUUUCAAAAACAAAGUAUGGUAAUUACUGACUUCCAAACACACUUGCAUUGGAUCUGUGACUGAAGUUGUAUAUGUAUAAUUUAUUACGUUUCAAUGUUAUAAAUAAAUUAGUAUAUAUAAACUACGAGUACUAGGUAUAUAACAUAUAGGAACAAUCUAUAACCUAUUUAAAGAUGUGUGUGAAGCGAGAAAUGAAUAACUAAAGAACAAAGAGAUGGAUUCAUGUGAGGGAAAAGUGUAAAGAAGGGUAUGCCUAAUUUGUUAUUAUAUGUGUGUGUUAUAUGCUAACGGUAAUUGGAUAUAGAUCUGGAAUAUGGAAUUUGAAUAAUGACAGAAAAGUUGAUGAUGGUGAUAGGAAAAGCUGAGAAGCGAUGCUGGGGUUGGCCCAUCAAUGCCUCCAAGGAUUUAUUCACAUGAGCACAAGUUGGACCCACAUGAUCUACCAUGUGGACUCCCAGCUUGUACAUCUCUUUAUACGGUGUUGUAAGUUUAAUAUUCAGUCUAUGUAUGAACAUAGUAUAUAUGCGUAUGUAUAUUUCUACUAUCAUAUGUUUUCCUAACGUCUAGAUAUUACAUGCUUAUGGUUAUGGACUAUCUUGUAUGUCUCAUUCUCGUUUGGUGUAAUUCAUAAUUUCACUGUGAAUCCGUGAAUAUUGUUUGUGGAAAGAUAUCAUAUAUGUAGUUUUCAGAAACUAGAAAUAGGCAGAAAGGAAAUUAAUCAACGUAUGAUGAAUACAAUUUCAGAAAGAUAUAAUCAAGGUUCAUGAUUUAACAAACAAUUACGACAACAAAAAACUUGGAAACUAAAGAAUUGGUGGCGAGCAAGUAACGAGGAAGAUGUUGUACCCAAAUGAGUAAAUGACAAGCACAAUUAUCAUAUGUAGGACGGAUGAUCUGGAGAAGCAAUGAGUAUUUUUCAGAAUGGUCAAGCUGGACACUAGUAACCAAUAUAAUCAACGACCCAUACUUCAACCGAUGAUGGGAGCUCAGAGCCAAAUUACCUAGAAAAAUCACGUUAAAAAAGAAGAAGCUAAACUGCGAUACGGUUUACUAGUACACAUGCGCUUGUGUAUGGACAAAUAAUGCAACAUGUUCUCAAUGAAGUGCGCAAGGAACAUAACUGAAGUAGGUAACCGAAACACGAUUUCUUUUACCUUCUAGUUCGUAAGAUUAAUUGCUCCACAUUGGGAUUGGUUUAGGAUUCGGUUCGGGAUCGGUUACAAGAAAAUAAAAUAUGUAAUGUAGUUUUUUAUGGAGAUGGUAUAUUAAUCGGCGGCAAUCGCGAAGUAACGAAAGGAUUCGACGAUUCGCAAGUGGAUAUGCAAAAGAGACAAUUUCAGUUAGAAGAGCCGCCAAACAUAAAGAUCUGAAACCAGUUUCUAUUGGUUAAGCCAAGAUUCGUUUCCCCAUGCAUCCAAUGAUGCACCGCCACGUGGACACAUUCCAAACCGACCACACUUGGAGAAGGAUGGAAUACCCUAGGAGACCACUUUGAUAAAGAAAUACUGAUUUUAUUUUGGCAUUGUUUAUCAACCCCGGCUUUAGUUAAAACAUGUUUAUAUAUAGUCUAAUUAAUACACUAUUGUCAUUGUCAUAUAAAUAUCAGCACUGCGACAAAGGUUAAAUCGUAAAUCUAAAAGUUUUAAACUAUGUAUAUGAAAUAUCCAUUGAACUAAUAAAAAUACAAAAGGUUUUAGUUUCUUCCAACCUAUAUCAUCAAACUUGAAGAGAACGAUGGUGAGAAUCAGGAUAUGUGUAAGAAAGAACAAAAAGAGAAGCGACAAUUGGGUAUUUUCUUUAUAACUUUAUAUUAUUAGUUGCAUAUUUUAUAACGAAGAUUGCAUACUCUCCCUUUAAUUAUUCCCUUCUCGUUAUUUUUUUAUGAAUUUUUGUCUUUCUCCUCUUUAUUUAUAAACCUAUACCGUUUGAGCCCCUACUCAACAACCAGGCUGUCAACAACGCAUAACAUUUGUCUUCUCUCUCUUUCUUGUUUUUCAGUUCUUUCCUAUUAUUUGUCUUAUCAUCAUCUAUCAUCUAGACUACUCAAUCAUACAUUUCAGUUAUUUAUAUACACUACGAUCGGUCUUGUUUUUUUUGUCUCGUAACAAGACCGUUCGUUAAAUCUUGUUGUUCGAUUAUAUUAUAAUCCGAAUAUUUUUAUCGAUUAAGAGGUCUCAAUAUAUAUCAUCGUCAACCGAGGAUAUUCAUGGCCCCGGUCUCGUUGCCUCCUGGUUUUAGGUUUCACCCAACGGACGAAGAACUAAUCACAUACUAUCUCAAAAGAAAGAUCAACGGUCGAGAGAUUGAGCUAGAGAUUAUUCCUGAAGUCGACCUCUACAAGUGCGAGCCAUGGGACUUGCCAGGGAAAUCAUUGCUUCCUAGCAAAGAUCAAGAAUGGUACUUCUUCAGUCCACGAGACAGAAAGUACCCCAAUGGUUCAAGAACAAACCGGGCAACAAAAGGCGGUUAUUGGAAAGCAACGGGCAAAGACCGAAGGGUGAGUUUGAGAGAUCAAGCCAUAGGAACCAAGAAAACAUUAGUUUAUUACCGUGGACGCGCACCACAUGGUAUUAGAACUGGUUGGGUCAUGCACGAAUAUCGCCUCGAUGAAACCGAAUGCGAGCCUACUGCUUUUGGCAUGCAGGAUGCAUAUGCGCUUUGCCGUGUUUUUAAGAAAAUAAUUAUUGAAGCGAAACCAAGAUCAGAUCAACAUCAGCAGCAUCAUCAACCUUACGUCAACACGAGUUCGAAUAUAAGUGGUAACUCGAGUUUUGACGCUUGUUCGGAUUUUGAGAUAAGUUCAAGUACACUUCAAGUUCUACCUUAUAAUACCGCCGCUGCCGAGACCCAACCAAGAUUUGGAAACACAAACGCAAUCGGUGAUCAUGAUGGCUGGUCACAAUACAUGGCACAAGGCAUGCAUACAGGUUUUUCAAAUUACGGAUCUCCUUAUGGAUCAUACCUCACUCAACCAAAUGUGAAUACAGAAAUUGAAUCUGGAAUGUUGCAGCAUCAGAUGUCAUUGCCACCAUUGCGAGUAGAAGGCUCGCCAAUUCAAACCAGCGAUUUCUCCAAUGGAACUAAUCAAAACAGCGGUCAAUACGGUUUCAACGACUUUACUUUCGCUGCAAGUAACUCCAACCAGCUCAAUAACAACAACGUUGAUGAUCAUUUAAUACAUAUUGGAAGUCUCGAUGAACAACUGCUCAGUGCUGGAAAUACAACGUGGAUGAAAAAGUCUGACGAGAGUCUAAAACAGAAUUUUAUAGAAGACGAAGACAUUUUGCCAAGUUUCGAGGACAAUGAUCAAGAUCUUGAAUAUUUUGACGAAACUCGGACCAAUACAAUCAACAACAUAGAGAUCGAUGAUUUUUUCACGCUCGAAAACCAAGCUGAAGACACAGACAAGACAACGAUCGAAGAAGACAUUAGAGUAGAGCAUAAAAUGCUCAUUUGUACACGUCAAACAACUGAAGUUUUAUACUAUCAAGUCGUGCCGUCACAGAUUCUAAAAAUUCAGAUAAAUCCGAUUCAAGGAAUUGAAGAAAGAACAAUGUUAAUUGAAGAAGAAGGCAAGGAUUCUUGGUUCAAGAAGGCUGAAAAUGUUGCCAAGAUGAAAAUGAAGCAGAUUGGUUUAGUUACAAAACAUUAUUACAAACGUCUUACAAUUAUUUUCUGAUUUAUAUUCAACACUCAUGUGGUAUACGGUAUUUUCUGAUUUACACAUUGUAUACUAUAUGUAGAUUGAUUUUCAUUGUGUUUUAUUAUAUCUUGUUGUGUGAGGAAAAAACCCUGUUAUGCAUAAUUAUAUUGUUAAUCUGAAAUUCUUCCCCGAAAA